UGCUUGCGGAAGCGGGAGCGUGGAAUGUUAGUAACAUUGUUGUUGUUUUGGAGUGAAAUUGACUUAGCAGGACGCUCCGCUCGCAGGCUGGCUGGCUCGCCUUCUGCCGGACUCAGCAAAGCGGCUUCGACGGCCUCGUUUGCGCCGGGGGGUUAGGUUCCCACCUAACCGGACAUUAUUACUUUUUUUUUUCUACCCCUGGGAUAUUUUUUUUUUCCACGCAUUCCACGGUCCACGCGGAUCCGCGCGCUUCCACAGAGUGCGUCUCCUGUGCGAGGGUGGCCGGUUGUCCGCAUGCAGGGAAUGACGACUCCUUUCAAGACGAGCAAAGCUUUAAAGGUCAAGAAGGAAGCGGGCGAGAAUGCCCCGGCCCUCAGCGACGACGAGCUGGUGGCCAUGUCCGUGCGGGAGCUCAACCAGCACCUGCGCGGGCUGACCAAGGAGGACGUGGUGCGGCUGAAGCAGCGGCGGCGCACGCUCAAGAACAGGGGCUACGCCGCCAGCUGCCGCAUCAAACGCGUCACCCAGAAGGAGGAGCUGGAGCGCCAGAAGAUGGAGCUGCAGCGCGAGGUGGACAAGCUGGCCCGCGAGAACGCCAGCAUGCGGCUGGAGCUGGAGGCCCUGCGCGCCAAGUACGAGGCGCUGCAGUGCUUCGCCAGGACUGUGACCCGCGCCGGGCCCCUGUCGUCGGGCAAAGUGGCCACCACCAGCGUCAUCACCAUCGUCAAGUCCGCAAACCACAACAGCUCCGGGGCGACCCCCUUCUCUGCGGCGUCCUAGUGGCCGCUGGACUGGGCUCUCCUCGUCCUCGCUCAUCCUGUACUGAGAGGAAGCUCAAUCGUAAGACUGAAGGAUGCCCGACGGGAUGACAAGCGCCACCGUAUCUUGUGCCCCUUUCGCGAUUCUUCUGUCCUUUAUCUUCGCGUCCACAGACCUGACAUCCGCGUUGGCUUCGGGGCCUUUUCCCCAAUCCGUUCAGUUUACACUUUGGCACAACAUUCCCAACCUUUUACGAGGGCUUUUACAUUCUACAGGGUUUCCCAAAAGACAAUACACUUCCUUUUUUCCUAUUCAGUUUCAAGGUAUGCCAACUGGCAUCGGAUCAGUGUCUCCAACUGUAGUCUUGCGACAGUUCAAAAAGAUUAAUGGCUGUCAAACUAAUCCAAUCCAUGGCAAGUUUCCUUCAGACCUCAAGAUCUGUUUGACAAAUCAUGCAGCGGAAGGAAUACUACUGCCACCCAAGAUGGAACCAACAAACUCUUGUGUGUGUGUAGGGGGGGGGGGGGGGGGCUGCAAUGCAACUCAACAAAAGCUCGAUUCAGCGGAUGCGUCUGAGCCGCAAAGCUUUAUCCAUACUAAUUUUAUCUUGUUCAUAGGCUUCCGCGUGCUUACAAAAACUGCAAAGCCUAAGCUGUCAAAUCCUGAUGGCCUCAAUUCUGUCUGAAUGACACCUGAAAAAAAACAAGGGGGGUGGGGGGGGGGUCGAAGAAGCAAGUGUUUAGUGACUUUUGGGACACCCUGUAUUUGCACUGUGUAAACCACCCGCCCUUUGGCCCCUGACAACGUCCCGACAGCACCGGCGGGGUAAAGGUCCUCUUCUUGGAUGGCGGCAGAGAUUUAGACGGGGCUUCAGGAAGCAGCACCAGUUCCUAUUCUCAUUUUAAACGGGUGUAAUGCCACACCAGAUCAUUUCCAAGCACACAAAGUGUUGCCCAACCGAAUGGCUGAGAGGUUAUUUCCAAAGAAAUACCAGAUAUCUGUUCGUGGUGUCAGGGGAUUUACUUUUACUCGCAGUCCAGCAAGCUCCGUAGAUUGCAUUGAUUUGUCUUUUAUUUCACACCCCGCACCAUCUUCCCCACUCAGCACUCAUGAGCUGUACUUUUUAGCUGCAAAUACAGAAGGACGACUCGAAUCAAACGGAUCUGUCACCCAGUCAGGAAACUAACGGCGCGCCACGAAAAGUGCGGUGCCAAAAUUUUGCUGCGAGAGCCUGAUACAAGCUAACCGCGAUUAUAUGCUACACAUCGGCACUUAUUGUGUGAAUGCUCAGAGACAAGCACUGAAAAAAAGAACUUUUGCUCUCAUAAAUGUUACAUUUCUAUUAUAAAAACUUUUUUGUACAAUUAAAGCAUUUUUUUUAAUUAGGA